UGUCAUGCGUUCUUGGACCCUGACCUUCCGACGGCUUGGGCAGACAGGCGACAUACUCCGCCCCUGGGCCGAGCUUUAGGAGGGGAGGGGACGACUCAGGUGUCGACGUGUGUUUGUGUUCUUUUUUUUUAUUAUCUUUUGUUUACGCAAGAUGGAUAUGAGGAGCUGCUAGCCGUGGGUAAGGAAGUCUAUUUGAUGACGGAAUUUCCUUGCGAGGGGACCACCAGGCAAACAUGCAAGCAUCACGGCGUAGGGCAAGCUGGGACGAAGGUGGUAAUUGGAAUUGGGGCGGGAGGUAAGGGAAUAGACGACAUUCAUCGCUUCAUUGUACCAAGCACGAAUCGAAUCAGCCUGGGUGAUGAUGAGAUAGUCGAGACUUCAAGACUGAGCCCGAGCCUGAGCCUGAACCUGGCUAUGUUGAGUGUUGACAGUCAGUUGAAGUGCCGCGCCGUUCCUUCACCGUCGACGCCAAAACUGGCUUUCCAUCUUUUCAUUUUGUUUUUUCCCUCCUGGUUCACUCCCUUUCGUUCUCUGUCAGUGUCUGGUCCCCCUCUCCCCCCCGCUCAUCACAUCACUCUCAUCUCUUUCCCCCCCGCCCGCUUGUGUUGCAACUUGCUUCCCGGUCUCGACUCCUCUCAUGUCUCCUCAAAAGGUAUUCACAUCCACUCUGAGUUUCUCCGAGUAUCUGAGCCUUAGACAAAGAAGCUGCGAGUUUAUCGUUUAAUGUCUCAAGCGUCACUCAUAUUGUCUCGAAACGGCAUCCCAUGCUCACUCAACUGGCUGCCAGACCGUUACCCUAAGGACGCUACGAGUCUAUGAGUCUGACUAUCUGAGACGAUUCUGAGUUGUCCAACAUCACGUUUGGUAACCGUCCGUUGCACGACGGCCCAAGCCAGCCCAGUCAUGCACUGCGUGAUGUGACGCGAU